CCUCCAGAUAGGAUAUGAUGGAAAGCCAAUUGGUGAAAUUCUGUCCAUUGCAAAGACCAUCUUCAACUCACGGGAAGAGAAAACCAAGCGUGAGGGGUCAGCUGAGGAAGAAAGGGUGUUGGCCCUCAACAUGGAACCUAGAGGGUUCCGGGGAAGAGGCAUGGUCCGGGGAAGAGGUAGAGGAGGCGCACCACCAGUAAUUCCCAGACCGUGGGGACCCAACACGGGAGGGUGCUACAAUUGCGGGGAAGAAGGCCACAUCAAAAAAUUCUGUCCGUAUCUCUCCGGCCCGAGUUACUACCCGCCACAAGCUCCCUACGGAAACCCCCCCACCGGCACUUUCCCACCUCAGCCGGCAUCCGGACCUAUGUCCCCAGGACAGCGAUACCCCUCCAAUUCUGGGAUCCGGCAAAUUGCCCAGGUCACCAAUCCCCGGCCCCUUUCAGGGUAUCAGACUCAAGCUCCACAGUACGGAAACUCAUUCCAGCCUAAUCCGGCCUCUUCAGCCCCAUCCGUCUUGCCUGGAGGGCAGAACUAUUGACAAUCAGCCGGGUAUCCCACUCAAGCCUCCGCACUUUGCCCGGUCCUCGCCUUGUCACCAGAGGACCCAGUCUGUACCCUUAAUAUAGACGGACAAUCCUAUGAUUGCCUGCUGGACACGGGAGCCACCUUUUCUACCCUGUCGGAUAGUCACCUCAAACCAGGAAGAGAAACUCGCAAAGUGUUUGGAUUAGAUGGGAUACCCCGAACCUGCCCCCUUUCUGAGCCAGCAAAGGUAAAGCUAGGACCUCUGUUAGCGGAACACACCUUCCUUUUGACUAACAGCCCGGUGAAUAUGCUAGGCAGGGACCUUCUCUGCAAGUUGCGCGCUACCAUUCAGUGUAAUAAGGAAGGAAUUUAUCUGCACCUCCCUGAAGAAUCACUCCUGGCCUUCCAAGGCAUCGUGGAGGAGGCGAAAAUGGGCCACCAAUUCCCGGACUUGCCCCUUGAGCUCGAGUUAGAAAUGCCCCCGUGGCUCUGGGGUACCGAGUCUACUUCGGUCGGACUCCUAAAGUCAGCCGCACCUGUCAGGAUCACCUACCGCACGGACGUACCUUUCCCCUGCACAAAACAAUACCCGCUCCCUAAAGAAGCUAUAGAUGGCCUUACGCCGAUGAUACAGGACUUCCUAGACCAAGGAAUACUGGUACACACCGCCUCCCCUUGUAACACCCCGGUGCUCCCAAUCAAAAAACCGGGAGGGGAAGGCGCACCUGUCCGUUAUCGCUUUGUUCAGGACCUCCGCCUGGUAAACCAGUUCGUGAUCCCCCGCCACCCUGUCGUAGGCAACCCCAAUUCUCUCCUAAACGCCAUCCCGCCCGACACAACCUGGUACAGUGCAGCGGAUUUGUGCUCAGCUUUUUUCAGCAUCCCGGUGGCCCCAGAAAGUCAGUUCUUAUUUGCGUUCACAUGGGGACCAGGUCAACUAACCUGGACUCGACUACCCCAGGGAUAUGUGGAAUCACCCGCAAUCUUCUCUGCGGUCCUCCACCAAGAUCUGCAGGAUGUAGUCCUUCCAGGGGGAUCCAUCUAUCUCUUGUACGUAGAUGACAUUUUAUUGUGCUCUACUAGUGAGGAAGCAUGCAGAAUGGACACCAAGUACCUGCUCAUGGAACUGGCACAUAAGGGACACAAGGUGUCACCUAAGAAAUUGCAAUUCUGCAAACAAGAAGUGAAAUACCUAGGCCACAUCCUGGGGGUUGGCACUAGAAGCCUAGCUACUGACAGGAUUGAGGCAGUCACAAAGAUCCCAUUGCCUCAAACGAAAAGACAGCUCAGAGGGUUCCUAGGGAUGGCUGGAUUCUGCCGAUCAUGGAUAGCGGGUUACGCUGAACUCACCAAGCCCCUGACAGCUAUGACCCGACAGGACCACCCCGAUAAACUCCAAUGGAGUGAGGAAGCCUAUGCCUCCUUUGAGCGAAUAAAACGGGAACUCCGCUCAGCUCCCGCCCUGGGACUCCCGGACUACCGUAUCCCCUUCAAUCUAUAUGUCCAUGAACAAAUGGGGGUCGCAUCAGGGGUCCUCACACAACCCUUUCGCGAUCGGGAAAGACCAGUAGCCUACUACAGUCUUCAGCUAGAUAACACAGCUAAGGGAACUGUCAACUGUCUCCGCGCUAUAGCUGCAACAGCCGCACUCCUUGAGAAAGCUCAGGAAACUGUAUUAGGACAUGAAAUCACCAUACACGUGCCACAUGCGGUGUCCGUUCUCCUUACAAUGAAGGUUACCUCCCUCAAUCCUGCCACCCUUUUACCACUACCAGAUGAUGGCACCCCUCACCAUGAUUGUGCGCAAAUAGUCCGUCAAGCAGAAAAACCCCGAGAGGAUUUAGAUCACCUCCCCCUGCCAAAUCCGGACUUAAUUCUGUACACCGAUGGCAGCUCAAGAAUCAUAGAUGGAGAAAGGAAGUCGGGGUAUGCAGUGGUCUCUGAUUUUGAAAUAAUAGAAGCCAACCCAAUCAAUCCACAGUAUAGUGCCCAAGCGGCUGAGCUCGUAGCCCUCAUUAGAGCCUGUGAAAUUAGUGAAGGCAAACGGGCCACCAUCUACACAGACAGCAAGUAUUGUUUCGGAUUAGUUCACACCACGGGACAAAUCUGGCUCCAAAGAGGCUUCCUGACAGCGGCUGGUUCCCAAAUAUCCCACGCCGCCCUUGUCGAAAGGCUUCUAAAUGCUAUUCACCUACCGGAGGCGAUAGCUGUUGUGCAUUGCAAAGCACACACAAGAGGGAGGGAUCCCAUAUCCAAAGGGAAUAGCCGGGCAGAUAGAGCGGCUCAAAUGGCUGCACUCCAACCUCCUUUGGAGGGAAUGGACUUUCAGUGCAUCCAACUCCCAGCUGAUUUAGACCUGAGAAAUAUCUAUGAGACUACAACUGAUGAGGAACUGGCAAAGUGGAUCUCUAUUGCUACCAAGCCAUUGUCGGACCAGUGCUCCGGUCUGCAGACGAACUAUCGCUUUCUCGACUACCAUACUGCAGACCUUGGAGGCAACCAGAACCCGGACCGAGUGGGCGACUUCAAUUUUUGUCUCCCGGAAUCCCGAACCCUUCUUCGUCACUCCUUGGUCCCUAGACUCAGUGGGACCCAAUACUGGGAACUUUUCAUACGAGACCGAAAUUACCAACGCAUUGGAUCUGCAAAUCUCACCAUGGAACAGCAAUACUACCGACUUCACUGUACCAAUGGGUCGCAUCUACUUUAUGGGCAAAGGGACAUCCUCCGCUACCCGAAUUGGACUGAGAUGGAAAAGGGAGGUGUCAACCACGUUUACACUGACAACCACCACCCGUCGGAAAAUUUGAUAUUCGGGUUCCAGUGCCUCCUUUUGACCCAGAAACCAGAGAAACCUCAAUUACAAGGAGUUUGUCUGAGGCGCUUCUGUUGUCUGUGGAACUUGGGACAUACCUUGGGGUGGAAGGGAGGAGAAUACCUUGAGGGUUGGUAUCACCCUGUAGGACCUUCAAACAUGUCCCCGGUAUGGGACCACGUUGGACCGCAACGAUGCGGGGGAAUCGCCAAGAACGCUACCCUCCUAAACACCACUGACCCUCUCCAUCCUAUCGGAACAGCUCCUAGGCAGCUCGGCGAAAACCCCACUCUCGAGGAACCGGACCUGCUCUCCUCCUGGGGCAAGAACUCUUACCUCCAACUCCUUAGCCAGGUGGCCAAGGAGGCACCUCCACAGGAUUGUUGGAUUUGCGCCCACGCUCCAAGCCACAUGCGACAAGGACUGCCUUUGGUACCAGUACCCGUCACCCUAGAGCAAUUCCGCUCCGGGGAUAUGACGUCCUGGAAUCUUACCGCUAUGAAUCUUACUCAUCAGUACCUGUACCUCACAGGCCCAACUAAGGGCCCCCUCUGUCGGCUCUUCACCGGUGAUGGGGCCCACAUAGGAACCAGCACCUGCGCUGCCAACAUUGAGCUCCACACUUCCGGGCAGGCAACAGUCUCCUCACGUCUAGGUUCUCACAUUUACCCUAAUCUCUCAAUGGCAUGGAUUGCAGUGGUUGGCCGUCCUUCUGAGAACUCGACGGACAAUCCAGACCCCUCGCUCUUGCGACCCUUUGCAUCCGGGAGGAUGGAAUCUUACCUCUCAGGGUUAUUCUGGGUAUGUGGGCAUCGCGCAUACAGCUGGGUGAGCCCUCAUAUGUCUGGUUCCUGUUUCGUUGGAUACAUUGUACCCGGAAUCCGAAUCACUCGCAACUUACCGGCCGGAAGGCAAAGGAACAGGAGAGAACAGAAAUCCCUCUCAGAUCUCUCCGACGUGGCGGCUAACGGUGAAACAUGGGGCAGGGCAUUAUUCCCUGCAUAUGGAGCGGGCUCCAACCAUGUGGACAUCCUUAAACUCACUGAUGUACUCUUGAAAUUCAUGCAGGAAGCAGAACAAAUCACGGAUUCCCUCACCACAGAACUGUCACAGUCACCGCAGGCCCUCGCCUGA